GGCUGCCAUCAGCCGGCCCACUCAUUACCAUGUUUUAUAUUCCCCUGCUCUCGGAAAGCAUCAUGGCAAAGUAAGUAGCUCCAUCCUCCCCUUCAACAGGGAAGUGACACAGCUUUAUCGGAACAGGUGUAAGUGAGCUGAAAACUCCCCCACAGCCCUGGACCCGAGAGGAAGACAGGAAUUGUAUUUUUUCUUCCCCAUCAUCAUCAUUCCCUUCCAUCCUCCCUUUCCCUCCAGCAGCAGUGCCUAUGUUGUAGGCUAUUUUUUUUUAAAUUUUUUUAAUGUUCUCUAAAAUGGUCUCGAAGCUGACAUCCCUGCAGCAGGAGCUGCUCAGCGCCCUGCUGGACUCGGGAGUUACCAGAGACGUGUUGAUCCAGGCCCUGGACGACAUGGACCCGCCGGGCCCGCCGGGCUUCGGGGUGAAGCUGGAGCGGCUGCCGCUGUCGCCCGCCGCUCCUCCUCCGGCCAAGCUGGGCGGCGCGGACGCGGACACCAAGCCCGUGUUCCACACGCUCACCAACGGCCACGCCAAGGGCAAGCUGUCCGGGGACGAGGGCUCCGAGGACGGGGACGACUUCGACACCCCGCAGAUCCUGAAGGAGCUGCAGUCGCUCAACACCGAGGAGGCGGCGGAGCAGCGCGCCGAGGUGGACCGCAUGCUGGCAGAGGAUCCAUGGCGAGCUGCCCGCAUGAUCAAAGGUUACAUGCAGCAGCACAACAUCCCCCAACGAGAGGUGGUGGACGUCACGGGGCUGAACCAGUCUCACCUCUCCCAGCACCUCAACAAGGGCACGCCCAUGAAAACACAGAAGCGAGCGGCCCUCUACACCUGGUAUGUCAGGAAACAGCGGGAAAUUCUACGACAAUUCAACCAAGCAACAAACGGUUCAGUUGGAAAUAUGUCUGACAAGGGCAAUCAGGAUCCAGCAUUUUUUUACCCCGAGUUCAACCCGUCUGGUCAGACCAUGGGCCAGCCCGGGGACGAGCUCGGCAGCGAACCCUCCAGUAAGAAAAUGAGACGCAACCGUUUCAAGUGGGGGCCUGCGUCCCAGCAAAUCCUUUACCAGGCCUACGAACGGCAGAAGAAUCCCAGCAAGGAGGAGAGGGAGGCGCUGGUGGAGGAGUGCAACAGAGCUGAAUGUCUUCAGAGAGGCGUCUCCCCUUCAAAAGCCCAGGGCCUUGGCUCUAAUCUGGUCACUGAAGUGCGAGUUUAUAACUGGUUCGCUAACCGGCGUAAAGAGGAAGCCUUCAGGCAGAAGUUGGCCAUGGACGCCAUCACAGUACCGACACAUGGACUCAACCCGCUGCUUUCGCACAGCUCGCCGCAUCAUCCCCAGACCAGCGCCUCCCCUCCCAUGCGAUACAGCCAGGGCCCCGGUGAGGUCACUUCCUCCACCUCCAUCAGUCACCACGGCAGCAACGCCAUGGCGACCAGCCAAUCAGUGCUGCAGGUGUCUCCAGGAGGACUGGACCACAGUCACAGUCUACUGUCACCUGAUGCCAAAAUGAUUUCUGGUUCAGGUGGAGGACUUCCUCCAGUCAGCACGUUGACAAACAUCCACAGUACCCAUCACAGCCACCAGCAGACGCAAAACCUCAUCAUGCCUCUGUCUGGAGUCAUGGCCAUAGCACAGAGUUUAAACUCGUCACAGUCUCAGACGGUCCCGGUGAUCAACAGCGUGGCGGGCAGCCUCGCGGCGCUGCAGCCGGUGCAGUUUUCCCAGCAGCUCCACAGUCCCCACCAGCAGAGCCUGAUGCAGCAGUCUCCCAGCCAGAUGAGCCAGCAGCCCUUCAUGGCAACCGUCACACACUCACAUAUGUAUUCCCACAAACAAGAACCCCCGCAAUACUCCCACCCGUCACGUUUCCCCUCGGCCAUGGUGGUCACGGAUGGCAACAGCCUCAGCACUCUCAGUUCCAUGUCCUCGGGCAAGACGGAUGCUCCCGUAAACAAGAUGGUGCAACUUGGGGGUCUCUCUUGGUGUCCUCUUCAAGCUUGGUGAGAGUGUCCACCUGACUUCCUCGCUACCCGGCAACAGGAGCACAUUUUUCCACCCUCUCGCCACGGUAACCAUGACAACACUUAAUAGCUCGCAGCAGCGUGCUGGGUGAUGAGUCAGUCAACAAACACAUGGGGCGUGAUGACGGUGGGAAAGGCGGCGCAAAACAGAAAUGUGGACCGAGGUGGAAAAAGGAGCCUGGAUUCGCCGACGGGGGACACAAAUGAUGAACAAGGAUGUAUGAUUUGGCACAAUCUUUGAAAAACAGUGUUCAAAUUUUCAUACCUUCUUUUAAGAGUCAUCCUCUGUUGUCAAAUUACAAAGGAACAAAAGCACCAAAUAUGAACUCUGUGGACCUGAAUGAAGGCUCUGGGAAGAUUUGAACUAUGAUUUAAGUUGGAAAUAUGACACAGUGACAGCCAUUCGUUGAAGGACGCUGAGGGACGCCUGGGAUGAAAGUCUGUCCACUUGCACAUGAGCAGACUGUGUAACAAUCAGAAUAACCUUUAUUGAUCUUGUGCAUGCAUUUUUUUUUAUUUUAACUGGGCUUUAAAGGAGUCUUCCAUAUUAUUCUUUCACACUCAGUUUACUGUACUAGCAUUAGCGCAAAUGAUGAGCGUCUGUUCAUCAUUUCAACUUGUUCAAUGUGUAUACUGUGAUUGAAAAAAGACUUUGACAAUCUUGAAAGGACUAUGCAAUGUGUCUAUGGGUGUAAACAAUGCUUUGUAUAACUGGAAUCUGCACAAAACACCACACACUUGAGGCUGGAAAUUAAUAUGCACUAUUAAAUACUGUUGAAGCUGCCUGUAAAAAUAACACAAAAGCACGAUGGAUGGAUGUGCAGGAAAACUGCCAGAGGAUAAUAGUUUUGAAUGUGGACCUGCAAUAAAUACAAAAAUGUGGUUUUUGCUGGAGGUUGGAGGGAAUAUCGACUCACAUGCUUCGAACUUGACUGUUUCCGACACACAGUUUCAGGUGAAUUUCAGGAAUGGGCCAUGCCCUCCCUCCGUGUCUCCCACUUCCUGCCGCUAUGUGACAAAUAGGACAAAUAUUGUUAAUAACUCCUCACCUUAAAUUGUGACACAGAUUCGUCCUGGGUAGAAUGAAAACACCGACAAGUAUUCAGAAACCAAGCAAACAUGAAAGAGGACGGCAGCGGCUCCAAUCAUGCAGGAAUCCAGAGAGGGCACGCGUUGGGCACACACGCCCACGCUGACAGUAUUAAGGUGUGUUCAGACAGCAAAUAUGACCCCCCACUGGCGUACAGUAUGUGCUAGCUUCUUGGACAAAUCACAUUCCAAGUUUGUAUGUAAACAUGCCGCUGCAAAGAUAUAUUAGAAGCUGUAGUCCAUGGCUGGAUGGUCGUGGGACCAAUUGUGCAUGAGAAAGCUCGACAGAAUCAUCACAUCUGUGCAGAUCCAGUGUCCUGUUCAAUAUUAGGUCAUUAUGUUGUUAUUGAGUGGUAGUUUUUGACUGUUAUAGGCAUAUCUGCUGCCAUCUGAUCAGAGGGUACUCAUCAUACCUGUGUGACUGGACAUGAUUUGUUUUUCCUCCUAAUGUAUUAUUUUUGUAUAAAAAUUUAAAUCAAUCAUAAAUCAUUAUUUAUACUUUUCUGUGAAAAUAUUUGUAUUUCAAGUAAAAUGCUUUUUUUCUCCUCCCCUA